UAGUCAUUUACAAUUAAUUGGUCGGUGAACAAGCUUCAAAAUUUAGUUAUUUGUGUGAAAAGUUUCGUUAAAAAAAAUUCAUCAUGAAUUUGGUAACUUCAACCAUAUUGGUUGUUACGAUUUUCUGCAUCGUUAUAACUAAGGUUGCUGGCCAAUCGGAAACAACUACGGCGGCAGCAGUUACAAAGGAAAAAACAAAUGUGAAGGAGAGCGCGCUUUGUAAGAAAUGCAUCUGCAAUUUGGACACCAGUUUGCUGGAUUGCAGCGAGAAGCUUGGCCAGUGGCUCUCGGCCGAGGAGUGGGAGAUCCUGACCAACGGCGAUUAUGAGUUUAAAACCAUCAAGUUGGAGCACAAUAACUUGACCAGCGUUGCUAUUCUUCCGAAAUAUAGCGUAGAGAAUUUGUAUUUGGCGUAUAACCAGAUCGCUGACAUUGCCGACGCAGCCUUCCAGAACCUAACCGAGCUCAGCACCCUAGAUCUGUCGCACAACAAGCUGACAGCGAAGGCUCUAAGGCCCGAUGUUUUCAAGGGACGCUACUCGGAGAACGCUUUCGAGGCCUUGAAAAAUAUGAAGUCCCUCAAUUUGGGCAACAAUGAGAUCCAUUCCCUGGAUGCUGAUCUCUUUGAGCACAUUCCCUACCUGGAGGAGCUGAUUCUGUGCUCAAAUACCUUUCAAGUAAUUGACAAACUGACAGAAACGGCCAUUUCGGGAUUGACUUCAUUGAAGACUCUGGAUAUUUCGUAUUUGGAAAUAGAAGACCUGCCGACGACAGUUCUCCAUGGACCCAGAGAUCUUGACGAUUUGAUAGCAUCGGGAAAUCUGUUCCGUCAGCUCCCAGAGGCUCUGAAAUAUGCCAAAAACCUGGAACGUCUUGUUUUAGACGAAAAUCCAAUUGCUAGUUUGGAGGGCGAUAAUGUAUUUCCACCGAUGACUAGCUUGAGGUAUUUGCGCAUGUCUUAUAUGCCAUAUUUGUUUAAAAUUGGCACUGGAGCACUCAGUGAAUUGCAAAACCUCACCGAAUUGAUUCUGUCCGACAACAAAGUGCUAAACGAAAUCGAUGAGCUGGCCUUAUCUAAAAACGUAACUGGAGGAAGAUACCUGGACUAUCCCCCAUUGGAACACGUUUAUCUGAAGAACUGCAACCUGACGACGCUGCCCACACCUCUACUCGUUCGAUGGGAUAAGCUGAAGACGCUGGACCUGCGAUUCAAUCCUUGGAGCUGUGAUACCAGCAACGAUCACUUGAUCAACAUCCUGAUACAGCAGAUUAACAAAACCAAUCCUCUGCUGGCCAAUGAUGUCCUGUGCGCCACUCCGAGUGAGCUGAAGGACGUCACUGUCCUGCGAGUUUCAAAUGAACAUCUGGCGGCAGGUUCGAGCGGUAGCCUAAUCUGGGUUGGACUGCUCGUGGUCCUGCUCAUUGCUAUUCCAACCAUCCUGGGCGCCUAUGUGAUGAAGCGACGCGGCUGCUUUGGACUGUUUAACCGCAACGAGAACGGUGCCAGCCGUGCCCUCUACAAUAGGACCAGUUUCAACGAAGAUUUUCAUAUUUAAGACACACCUGAAAUUCUUACUAUAAAAUAAAUCCAAGAUGUAUAUACCAUUUUACCACCUAAGCUAAAAUACCGUUGAUUUUUUUCAUUUAGAGAUGUGAAAUCUUCCCAAGAAACAGCUUGAAACUAA